UGGUGCUUCCUGUCCAGCCCUCAGACCGUCAGAGCUCACAGCCUCAUGUGAGAGUGAAGUCCAUCUGCAAAGCGCUGCUGAUCUGACCCUGGUGGCUCCACUCGAUCAGGAUAGACUAAAAAAACUACAAACCUCGUGUUUUUCUUCAAGGAACAGCUAAUGCAGAGGGUUUUUAUGCACAAAGAAAACGUUUUCUUCCUGCAUGAACCAUUCUGAGGACAGCUGCUUGGAACUGGUGGGGGUAAAGGGAAACCUCCUGAAUGGACUAUAAGCUAUGAUGGCUGUCACAGCUCAGAUCUGUUUGGAAAUGCUCUUAACUCUGACUGUGGGGCUGAUUUUGGGUUCUGAGGCAAAGCAACAUAUGGAGUUUACUUUCAUAUUACCUGCUGGCAGCACAGAAUGCUUUUUCCAGUCGACCACAAGGAAUGACAGCAUGGAAGUAGAAUACCAGGUGAUAGCAGGGUCAGGUCUGGAUGUUGGCUUUGCCCUCAUCUCACCAAACGGACACCGAUUGAUCUCUGACUUUCGGAAUUCUCAUGGCAUCCACAUGGUGGAUCCAGCAGUGGAUGGAGACUACAGGUUGUGUUUUGACAACAGCUUUAGCAAGCUAUCAGAGAAAAUGGUGUUUUUUGAGGUUGUUGUCAACAGUCAGAACAACGCAGCUGGAGGCCGAGAAGACUGGGAGGACUUCACAGUGACAGAGAGCACAGUGGACUACAGACUGGAGGACAUCAGGUCAUCAAUGGAGUCAGUUCACAGGCAUCUGGAGAAGAGCAGGCAGGUCCAGGCUGUGCUGCGGGCCUUUGAGUCCAGGGACCGUUACCUUCUGGAGGACAACCUGUGGCGAGUGUCCUUCUGGUCCUGCAUCAACCUUUUAGUCCUGCUUACUGUCGCUGUCGUUCAAAUUUACACUCUGCAGCGUCUCUUUGAUAACAAGCGGGUCUGUACAUAACACGCAUGUUUGUUUGUUUUUAGAAUGAUUUGAGAGCUGAACAUGUUUGCAGACAAAAACGUGAGUUUUUAUGGAUUCCGACCUGAACUCAAACACAAAAUACUUGAAGCUGUAUUUGCAAAUGUCACUACAGACUGAAAAUGCAAAAACUGUUUAUACUUUGUUCUUUAUUAAAGCUUAAAUGUUCAGAGCUCAUGGGUAUUUUUUUUAAAUAGUGUUAAUCAGCGGCCAAAACAACACAGGUGAAACCCUAAUUCUAUGACAUUUUGAUCUAAAUCUCUUUCUAAAAUAUGUUCUGGUGAAAAAGCAGACAUAUUUACACACCUUUUCCGUAUAAAAUAAACAAGUCAGAUGUUUGCCAUCUGAUAAUUCCAUUCACAAGAUUUAACUAUUGUUAUUGCACAUCUUUGCACAUUUAAACAAAAUUCCAUCCCUUUAUUUACCUUUUAUGUGAAGUGAUAUCAUCCCUUUAUGAAAAAAUUGCAUACAUGUUUAAAGCUACAUAUUUUUACUGUAUUUUUUUUUUAUUGCCGACCCACCAGUAUCAGCAGCAGUUGUUUAGAGGCUGCUAUAAUGCAUUUGCUCACUCGUUUU